AAGUAAGUUUUCACAAACGCUGAACGGGAUUCCGUCAUCAAACCCAGUCAGCAGUGGAAUGGACCCUUUCCAUGCUUGCAGUAUUCUUCAACAGCUUAAAACCAUGUACGAUGAGGGACAGCUGACGGAUAUUGUGGUGGAAGUGGAUCAUGGGAAAACAUUCUCCUGUCAUAGGAAUGUUCUUGCUGCAAUCAGUCCUUAUUUCAGAUCCAUGUUCACUAGCGGCCUUACGGAGAGUACCCAGAAAGAAGUUCGUAUAGUUGGUGUUGAAGCAGAGUCAAUGCAUUUAGUAUUGAACUAUGCAUAUACCUCCAGGGUAAUGCUGACAGAGGCCAACGUUCAAGCUUUGUUCACUGCAGCUAGUAUCUUCCAGAUUCCUUCCAUACAAGACCAGUGUGCUAAAUAUAUGAUCAGUCAUUUGGACCCACAGAACUCCAUUGGGGUGUUUAUCUUUGCUGAUCACUAUGGUCAUCAGGAGCUCAAAGAAAGGUCCCAAGACUACAUUCGUAAAAAGUUCCUGAGUGUCACCAAAGAGCAAGAGUUUCUUCAGCUGCGAAAAGACCAACUCAUAAGUAUACUCAACAGUGAUGACUUAAACGUAGACAAAGAAGAGCAUGUUUAUGACAGCAUUGUAAGGUGGUUUGAGCAUGAACAAAAUAAGAGAGAAGUGCACCUUCCAGAAAUAUUUGCCAAAUGCAUCCGUAUGCCUCUGUUGGAAGAGACAUUUUUAGAGAAAAUCCCACCCAUGUUUGCACAGGCAAUGGCCAAAAGCUGUGUACAAAAGGGCCAACGUAGUGCCAAUGGCUAUACUCAACGGCUUGGAAUGACUGCUUCUGAAAUGAUCAUAUGCUUUGAUGCUGCCCACAAACACUCAGGAAAGAAGCAAACAGUGCCUUGUUUAGAUUCGGUCACAGGGAGAGUGUUUAAACUAUGCAAGCCACCAAAUGACUUGAGGGAGGUUGGAAUUCUUGUAUCUCCUGAUAAUGAUAUUUACAUUGCGGGUGGUUACAGGCCAAGCAGCAGUGAGGUCUCCAUUGACCACAGAGCAGAGAGUGAUUUUUGGAUGUACGAUCACUCUAGCAAUAGGUGGAUUCCAAAAGCUCCUUUGCUGCGAGCUAGAAUAGGCUGCAAAUUGGUUCAUUGCUGUGGUAAACUGUAUGCAAUAGGUGGUCGUGUGUAUGAAGGAGAUGGGCGAAACUCCCUCAAGUCUGUGGAGUGCUAUGACAGCCGAGAGAACUGUUGGACAGCUGUGUGUCCAAUGCCAGUAGCAAUGGAGUUUCACAGUGCUGUGGAAUAUAAGGAUAACAUCUAUGUUUUACAGGGGGAAUUUUUUCUCUGCUAUGAUCCUCAGAAAGAUUACUGGGGGUUUUUGACCCCAAUGACUGUGCCUAGGAUCCAAGGCUUGGCAACUGUAUACAAUGACUCCAUCUACUACAUAGCUGGAACCUGUGGAAACCAUCAACGUAUGUUUACCAUAGAGGCCUAUGACAUUGAGCAAAAUAAAUGGACUCGAAAAAAAGACUUCCCAUGUGACCAAUCCAUUAAUCCGUAUAUAAAACUUGUCCUCCUCAAAAAUAAACUCCAUCUGUUUGUCAGAGCUACUCAAGUCACUGUUGAAGAACAUGUUUUCAGAACCAGCAGGAAGAAUUCGCUCUAUCAGUACGAUGAGGUUACUGACCAGUGGCAAAAAGUGUAUGAGACUCCAGAUAGACUCUGGGAUUUGGGCCGGCAUUUUGAAUGUGUUGUUGCUAAAUUGUAUCCACAGUGUCUUCAGAAAGUUAUUUAACUUGUUUAUUUUUUUUUUCAGUAACAAGCCUUAGUGAUUUCAGUGGUAAUAUGAUGCUAGAGAAAACAUGUCUUAAAAGAAAACAAAGAAAUUCUGUCAGUAUUUAUUGUAAGCUGAAACAGACAGUUUUUUGUAUAUGGGGAUGGGUGCUCUUCAAAGGUUGCAGUCUGGGAGGGAAUUACUGAUUCAGUUUCAUAUUUACUGGUAUUUUCCUGGGAAAUGAGAAGGAGGUUACAAAGUGCAAUUAUCAGCAUUUUUUUUCUGGUAAACACUUAAUCAUGUCAUACUAGAGCAAUGUUUUUGUGGUAAGAACAAAUUAAGUGGAGGAGCCAGGAUAACUAUGCACUACAGGGAAAGAAAAUCUAGCAUUAAUAGCUAAGGACGUCCAAGCUGUUUUGAAGUGACUUUUUUCUCUCCUUUUUUCUCUUUUCUUAUUUUUUUUUUUAAUACGGGUAAAAUUUGAGGCAAUAUCACUAAAUCUUUUAGUUUAGAUUAUUUGAAAGUACAUAGAGGAUUGAGAGAUCCUGAUUCUUAAUGAUCUUUUUUUGUACUGUUUUUGAAAUCUGCUAAGAUGUACCUGAUCUUGUUUGUGCACUACAGUUUGGGAGAAAUACGCAAGUACGAAUUGGAAUGUGGAGUAUCCCAGAAAGAGGCCUGUGUAGAUUACUGUACCACUUCCUGUAUGGAUUUUUGUUAAAAUUGAGAUUAAUUAUUUUAAAAACAACACAAAAAAAAUCCCAACACCUAUUUUCUGCCACUUAGAUGUAGUGCUUUAAAAGCAUUUUUUUUUCUCUACACUGCUCAAAACAUCUGUCAUCCCGUAAAGGGCUUUAAUCCAAAAGUUGAUGGUGCUAGUACAUUUUUAAUACUUGUUUGUCUGAAAUGGGCUAGCCUUAUGCCUGCUACUUUCCACGGAGUGUCUGUCUGUCUUCAGGCCCUGUCCUGUCAUCGUAUUGUCUUUUUUAGCAUUUUUACUGCGGUGGUAGAUUGUUGCACAGAAUGAUGACAGGAUGUAGCCUUA